AGCAACUACCGUUAGAGAAACUGAAAUAGCAUAUCUAAUUACACUACAAGUAUUAAGUUUCGCACGUUUUUUUUUCAUUAUCCCAUGUCGCUACAAAUAAUUCGCGCUUUAAAUUUCAACGCUUGUAUCAGCAACAAUAAUUGUAGUUUAUUUUGUCAUUCAUUACGUAGCGGGUACCGUUACGUGGCGAGUGGAUUAAGGCGAAAGAGGGGGGUGCAUGUUCGUAGUGCGGGCGCGAUCGGUGCGCGAGUUCACUCUGUCACUCGGUCAUUACGGUAUUUCUCUUGUGUGCGGCCCACAUAUACGAUAUUGAAAGAAAAAGUGACGAUGCCAGAAAACAAACCGUUUGAACGACUCCCUAAAAAUGUUUCACCAAAGCAUUACGAGUUACAUUUAGUUCCAAAUCUCGAGAAACUUACAUUUACGGGCACUACAAGAGUGAAAGUAUCGAUCGAUACCUCUACCAAAGAAAUCAAGCUAAAUAGUUUAGACUUGGAAUUGAAAAAUGUUAAGCUUCAGUAUGAGGAAAGUGGAUCCAACACGACAUUUAAUCCAGUCGAGGUGCGUCUUGAUGCUGAUACAGAGACUGCUACUAUCGUGUUUGAAAAGUCAUUGCCUGAAGGAAAUGCGGUACUCUACUGUGACUUUACUGGAGAAAUAAAUGAUAAAAUGAAAGGGCUGUACAGAAGCAAAUACUUAACACCCAGCGGAGAAGAGCGUUAUGCUGCUGUAACUCAGUUUGAAGCCACGGAUGCGAGGCGAUGUUUCCCAUGCUGGGACGAGCCUGCUAUCAAAGCCACAUUCGAUAUAACAUUAGAAGUACCUGCUGACAGAGUUGCUUUAUCAAACAUGCCAGCUAAGGAGGAGAAAAUAACUGGAAAUAAGAAAAUAAUGAGAUUUGAUACAACACCAAUUAUGUCCACAUAUCUUGUUGCUGUUGUGGUAGGAGAGUAUGAUUAUGUUGAGAAAAAAUCAAAUGACGGGGUUCUUGUGCGUGUUUAUACUCCAGUUGGUAAAAGUAAACAAGGGUUAUUUGCACUUGAGGUGGCUGCCAAAGUUCUCCCUUAUUAUAAAGACUAUUUUAAUAUUGCAUACCCAUUGCCUAAGAUAGACUUGAUAGCAAUAGCAGAUUUUUCUGCAGGUGCUAUGGAAAAUUGGGGGUUAGUAACAUAUAGAGAAACAUGUCUAUUGGUUGAUGAGGAGCAUACAUCAGCUGUUAGAAGGCAGUGGAUUGCUUUAGUAGUGGGUCAUGAACUGGCACACCAAUGGUUUGGGAAUCUUGUAACAAUGGAGUGGUGGACACAUCUCUGGUUGAAUGAGGGCUAUGCUUCAUUUGUUGAAUUCCUGUGUGUGAACCAUCUGUUUCCAGAAUAUGAUAUAUGGACUCAAUUUGUGACUGAAACAUAUAUUAGAGCUUUAGAAUUGGAUUGCCUAAAGAAUUCACAUCCAAUUGAAGUGCCAGUUGGCCACCCAUCAGAAAUAGAUGAAAUUUUUGAUGAUAUAUCAUACAACAAGGGAGCUUCCGUUAUUAGAAUGUUACAUAGAUAUAUUGGAGAUGAUGAUUUCCGUAAGGGUAUGAAUAUUUACCUAACACGUCAUCAGUACAAAAACACAUUCACCGAAGACUUAUGGGCUGCAUUGGAAGAAGCGUCCAACAAGCCUGUUGGCGAAGUGAUGUCAACAUGGACCAAGCAAAUGGGAUUCCCUAUGGUGCAGGUUAGCUCAGAGCAAAGGGGAUCAAAUCGUGUCCUUAAAUUGAUGCAACAGAAAUUCUGUGCUGACGGCAGCCAGGGCGAUGACACAAUAUGGAUGGUCCCUAUAACUAUAUCAACACAGGAGCAACCCUCAAAGGUGGCAUUAUCAACGGUCCUGGAUAAGAGAACGCAAGAGGUGGUGCUAGAAGAUGUAUCAGAGAAUUCUUGGGUUAAGCUCAAUCCUGGAACUGUGGGCUACUACCGUACUCAAUACGAGAGUGGAAUGUUGGAGCGGCUGGUGGGCGCAGUCCGUGACGGGUCACUGCCGCCACUUGACCGUCUCGGACUUCUGGACGAUUGCUUCGCGUUCGUGCAGGCCGGACACACUCACACCGCUGAGUCGUUAAAGCUGAUAGAGGCCUUCAGCAACGAGACAAACUUCACAGUGUGGUCGUCUGUCGCGAACUGUCUGUCAAAGUUGAGCGCGCUGUUCUCUCACACGGCGCUGGACAAGCCGCUCAAGAACUACGGACGCAAGCUAUUCGCCAACGUGACCAAGAGGCUGGGCUGGGACGCGGAGGAGAAGGAGAGCCAUCUCGACACGCUGCUGAGGAGUCUCGUUCUAAAUAGAAUGAUUACGUUCGAAGAUCCGGACACAAUUGCCGAAGCAAAGAGGCGGUUCGAGCUGCACUCGUCGGGCGCGUGUCCGCUGCCGGCCGACCUGCGCUCGGCGUGCUACCGCGCGGUGCUGAGCGGUGCGGACGAGCCCACGUUCGACCGCUUCCUGCAACUGUACCGCGCCGCCGACCUGCACGAGGAGAAGGACCGCAUCAGCCGCGCGCUCGGCGCCGUCACCCAGCCGCACCUGCUCAACCGGGUGCUGGACUUCGCCAUAUCCGAUGAAGUGCGCGCUCAAGACACCGUGUUCGUAAUCGUCUCGGUGGCCGUCAGCAGGAACGGACGCGACCUCGCCUGGCAGUUCUUUAAGGACCACUGGCAGGAGUUCAUGGACAGAUAUCAGGGUGGUUUUCUGCUGGCGCGUCUCGUGAAGUCCACGACGGAGAACUUCGCAUCGGAGGCGAGCGCCCGCGAGAUCGAGGAGUUCUUCGCCAGUCACAAGUCGCCCGGCACCGAGCGGAGCGUGCAGCAGGCCGUGGAGACCGUGCGGCUCAACGCGGCCUGGCUGCGGCGGGACCUGGCCUCCACCACCGCGUACCUGACGCCCUACCACUAGCCAAAUCAUGUGAACAAGACUGAAGCUACAACGAAAUACAACUUUCUGUUCAGUUCAAUAAUAAACUUGUAUAAGAUUUAUUUAUUCAUGUGACAUAAUAAAAAGCAUUGCUUUGUAAUAACUUGUUAUAUUAUUAUUAUAAUUUAGAUUAAUACAUAUAACACCGUGAUUGCUAGAUAACGUUUCAAAAGCUGUUAGAAAUUAUAACAUACAAGCUGACCCGACAGACGUUGUUCUGUACAUAAUAAAUAAAAAACUGUUUGAAUCUGUCAAUAAUAUUUCAAAACAUCAAGAAUUAUUUCGUAAAAUAUGCUCCCUAUUGUUAUAUGAAAUUGUUUCACAGCAGAACUGUCAAACCGUGCGUCAAUAAAUUCUCUCAUAGAAAAUAUUAUGACCUCACGAAACAAAUAUUGGAAAUAAAAAUAAUUAUGGGUCCCAAAUCAAAAUUAAACCAUCCUAUCUCUCAAGUUGGACUAAACUGCUCUCCAUGAAGUAAUCCCCAUUGGAAUCCGUUCAUUAGUUUAGGGAGUUCGCUGGAAACAAACACACACUGGAAUUACGGGUCACGUUAUUUGUCCGCGAUAGAUUAGAGAUAGGAUAGAUUUUAUUUCGAUUUGGGACCCAUAAUUUUUUUUAUUUCCAAUAUUUGUUUUGUAUGGACAUAUUUUCUAUGAAAGAAUUUAGUGACGCACGGUUUGACAGUUCUGCUGUGAAACAAUUUCAUUAUAAAAACAGGAAGCAUUUUUUUACGAAAUAAUUAUUGAUGUUUUGAAAUAUUAUUGGCAAAUUCCUAUAAAACAGUAUUUUUUUUUAAUUAUCUACAGAACAACGUCUGUCGGGUCACCUAGUAAUAUAUAUAGCAAUGUGUAUCAUUAUAUUAUGUAUUGUACAAUGCUGUAGUCUUUCAUAUUACCAAACUGAAUAAUUUAUUACACUGCAUAGUUCUACCAUGUUGGUUUCAUAUACCGAUAAAAAUUCUUUACAGAUAUUAAUACACUAAUUUAAUAAUUAGAGGUAAAAUAUUAUUUGUUUCUUUUGAACUGUCACAAAAGUAUGUUCAAGGUGCAUUUAAUUUGUAUGAUGCUUGUAGAAACUAGAUAUUUGUUCAUUCGAUCUGUACAGAUGUAUAUUAAAUGUCUUAAUAAUUUAUACUAAGUAAUUUCGUUUGGUGCUUAAUUUUGUUUAAUAGUUGUGCGGUAUACUAGGGCACGCUAUAAAUAUUGACUUCACUAUUUAUGAAUGGUACAGAGAGAAUAUUUUUGGUUCUGUUUCGGUAAUUCAACACUUGUUAUUAUAAGAAUGUAUGCAGUUACCAACAUUAAAUGUCCAUAUUAUUUUGUUAUCUUGGUUUAUUGUAAGACUGUGUUGUAAUAAAUCGUACAAAAGUACCUGUAAA